AUGUCCCGCGCGGCCAAUGUACUGUCCGUGGCCAUGGGCAUCCCUUCGCGGUCCAAGAAUUGUCUGACUGGACUUCCAGGACACAAAAUCCGGACAGGAGCCUCGGAGUCGAUCUCUAGUCGAUCCUUCUCUUCCAGCAGCCAAGCCCACGCCUUGCCAGCAACCAGUCUCGGCAGAUCGAGUCGCCCAACGAAUGUGUCGACGUUAUCAACCACCAGCAGGAUACAGCACAGCGAGCCAACAUGGGAGGCCUUCUUUACACAUUCAUGUAGCAUGGACCCCAGGAUAUCCAGACCGUUCGCUUCGCCAUCGCACACCUCACAGAUCCGUCACCGACACAGCGCACCUCAGCGAUCGUUUUCCGUUCAGGCAUUCACGGACAAAUCGGCUGCUACAUCUAUGGUCUCAGAAGGGAUUCGGAACUGCUCGCAGAAGGAGGCCCUCUCACAGCAAUCGAUGCUCGGAUCGCAACCCUGCAUUGUCCUCGACAGCAUUCAUCGAGGCAAGAGAACUUCUGCCAGAGCUUACCUUCACCCGGACAUCGCCUUCUCAGGAUCUGCGCAACGAGUGGCCGCUCAAGAGUCGAUCACCAUUCCUAUUUCGGUACCUGGCACUUCAGGAUCUCAGGCACGGAUUUCAGCCAGGAGCAUAUCAUCUUGUUCAGUCUGGAAUUGCCGCAACACUUCAAAUAACCACAUUGUGUCAAGGAGGUAUUUGCACUCGACCCGCUCAAGGCGCUCAUUCGCUCCCCAGGAAGGCCGACCCACGAACGGACUAAGCUAUGAGGAGAGGCGUGCGAUGAUGACUGAGUUGCGAGAGAAGAUGAUCCUCAGGUCUUCUGUCCCUGUGCUGUGGGGUGUUUACACCAAGAUCGUCCAGUCCCAACUCCUUCCUCAAGUCCAAUCCGACGACAUCAUUGUUCUGUAUCAAGUCUUAGCUCAGUCUCACCAGAGCGAGGAGGCGAUGGAGAUGAUGCUCCAGGUGGCGCUGGAUGUGAACGAGAUCGGCAAGCAACUUCCUCAGGAACCAUUCGAGAUUCUGAUGCGCCAGGCAACAGAUCAUAUGCCUGCCGACCAGAUCAAAGCUGCGACAUGGCAGAUCCAAGGGCGCCGGCGGUUUUUUUCGGAGCUCGUUCAGCUGUGUGACACGAACGCCGAGAUGAGGAGAGUUCUGGGACUUUACAGCCAGCUUGUCAAAUCUUCGUUCGAUGUCGACGGAUACUCGACCUACUUUCAGGGACGGACGAGUCGUGCCAAGAAGCUUGCCGUGGAUGUGUUGAAGUGGGUCGAGGGUGAAGGGACCGCUCGCAAUCGGCAAAUCGUUGAGUACCUCCUAGUGUUUCUUCUGGAUCGAUCUCGACUCCACCAGGUCUUUGGCGCUUUGGGGACACUUUCGAAGGACGGUCUUGUCUUCAGUCAUGGAUUCUACACCACCGCCAUUCACCGAUUCGGACGCGAUCAAAAGUUCGACUACAUGAAUUACACGCUCGACCUGAUGAGGAGGCAGGGACUCAAACCACUGGAGGACACAUACUCGGCCAUCAUCGACGCACAUUCCAAGGCUGGAAACUUGCGGGAAGCUCAGCAGGCUUACCAGGAGGUCCUUGCGGCUGGCCUUGUUCCGACCAACAAGACUCUCGGUCCUAUGCUAGAGGCGGUUGGAGCGAUGGGCGAAUACGACAUGACAAGGCAGCUUGUGGGGCAGAUGAACUCCAGCGGCGUCUCCUCGAACGAAUAUACCUUCAGCGCACUUCUCCAGAGUGUCUCGCUUGACUCCGCCAAAAGUGUCCAACUCUUUAACGAGCUUUCCAAGCAGAUGGUGCCCAACACCGUCAACUACAACAUUCUCAUCCGCGCCUUCCAGCGUCAGAGCGAUCUUGACGGUGCGUUUCGAGUGUUUCGGUCGAUGGUAGCGGAUGGCGUCCGGCCGGACAAGUUUACAUUUUCCAGCAUCCUCAGUCUCUUUGCCAUCCGAGGAGAUACGAAUGGCGCCGAGGCCUUUUGGAACGAGAUGGUCGGAGUCCAUGGGGUCAAGCCUAACGCCUUUGCAUACGGAUCAAUGAUGCACGUCUAUUGUACCGCGGAGGAUAUGCUGAGCGCCCAGACCGUCUACAGGGAGAUGAUCCAGUCGAGCAUCAUGCCGAACGAGGUCAUUUUCGGAACCUUGCUCAACGCUUACGCCCGACAUGGAGACCUAACUCAGAUGCUGUCCAUCUACGACGCCAUGCGCUCGGAGGAUCUUAAGCCCAACAGCUACAUCUACUCUAAUCUCCUGUUCGGCUUGGUCAAGGACGGCGACAUGCCUGCAGCUCAACGACUUUACGACACGAUGGUGGAGGACGGAUUCGGCCACAAUGUCCUAGCGCAGACGAUCCUGAUGAAGGGAUAUCUUGAUCAUGGAGGCUUCCAGGAAUCCCAGGCAAUUUACAAGAACAUGAUCCGCUCAGGUCUGAUACCCAACUUUAUGACCUACGCCGCUCUGCUCCAAGCCCACACCAAACGAGGCGAGAUCCGCGAGGGCCGUGAUUUCCUGAACAAGAUCCUCAAGAGUCGUGGUCUGGUUGUUGUCGGAGACGAGGAGGAUGAGUCUAUGGAGAGCGAGGAACUGAAGCAGCUCGGGAUUAACAAGAGUCAUGACCGAGCAAGUGCGAGCUCACCCGACUCUUUUGACCGGGACUUUGUGUCAGACCAGGUCCAGGAGGGCCACUUGUCGACCAUCGGAACCGAACGGAAGCCUCUCAAGGUGUCUGCCCGGCCCAACCCUUUGAUGACCUUCACGCCGCUGCUCGAUGCCUAUGCCAAGGAGGGCAACUUUGUGGCUACCAAGGCCAUGUUUGACGAAAUCAAAGCCCGCGGACUGGAGCCCAACACAGUCACCUUCACGAUCCUGAUGGACUCUUACCGUCGCGCCGGCGAUGCCGAGAAUGUGCUGAGCAUUUGGAACGAGCUGUUUGAUCGGUUCCUUAGCAAGUGGCGAUCUGUCCAGAGCCACUCAGAUCAUACCGCUCCCGCCAAGGCAGUGAAUUUUGAAUGGAUCGGCGAUCGUCUGUCGACCAAGGCCUCCAAGCUUCAAGGGAUCCUGCAGCGACCGGUUUCGAUUGUUCUCGACUCGCUCUCCUACUCUGGAAGGAUCCAGGAAGCCAAGGCGAUCUGGAAGCAGCUCGAGGAAGCUGGAUUCCAGUUUGAUUCCUCCAACUGGAAUGACUACUGUAUUGCUUUGGCCAGGAACGGUCUCUUGCUGGAUUCGCUCGAGAUUGUCCAGGACAAGUUGCUCCCUGGAUAUAUUGCCGCGGAAUCAAGGCAGUCUGGCGCAGACUCGUCUUCAACCAAGACCCUGGACGCGAUCUCCUUGGAUUCUCGGAGUGGAGGAGGUUCUUCUAGAGCCAUGGAGGUCUCUGGCUCGUCAGUCUCCAAGCGUGGGGCUCCUCUGGAAUCGAUUCCCGCCGCCGAUGAGUCUACCAUACCCAAGCUUGGUGCAACCCUGCUCUACCCUCGACCCAGGACGUUCGCAGCGUUGGCAGACAGUCUAGAGGACCUCCUGUCGUUGGAGGGCGUCCACACGAAGCAGCUGUCGGGUUCGCCUUCUGACCGCCAGGACACCACCAACUCGUCGGCAGUUGAGUCUGAAUCCCGAGCUACGGAUACCACCUCCGACUCUCAGCACAAUAAUGUGCGAAGGAAACUCGUCGAGGACAAGCUGCAGCCCUACCCGCACCCAUUCGAGAACCUGGAGGGGCACCACCGCCAGAUCUUGUGGGACAUAAUCCAGAAAGAUUACUCGCGUGUUCUGGAGGCCCUUGCCGGGGGUAUGCUUGUGGUGACUGGUCCUCAAGCCAUCAUGCGAUCAACUUUUGCCACCUCUGCUGGUUCUGGUUUCAGCAAGGAUGUCCUUGCCGAUCCAACCGAUUCUACCAAGAGAGAGGCCAAGUUUGCCGGGUUCCGCCCAUGGCGCCGCCUCAAGUUUGUGAUGAAGGAUAUGGAGCGCCAAAAGUUUAUCCAGGAGCGGGAGGAGUACUAUGAACUCUUGCGCAAGCGCAAACCCACUUAG